CAGUCUGUGAACGGAGGAGACAGCAGCGAUUUAGCUCCUUGUGGCUAAUAUUUCAUUUUGUUAUCUACUUCCGGUAUGGGCAGGUCCGCAAAAUCCGCCACUCAGCAUGACAGCGCAGUAUCCUGGUUGCCAGGGUUACGCAGCUUGUUUGUCUGCUAGUUGAGCUGGUGACAAGAAGCUGUAGUUUUACUAUUGUGUUAAAAUGGUCGCCAUUGGAAGUUUAGAAGUCAGGUGGAUUCAAGGAUUCACAAACAGCACCGUCCACUUUGUGGACAAUGACACUGUGUGUUACACAUGUGGGAAUCACAUCUGUUUCCUCAACCUUGAGACUAAAUCAAAAAGUUUGCUCCAGGGCCCCGGCAGAGGCAUCGGUGCAUUCACAGCCAGAGGCACCAGUGGGAUUUUUGCCUUUUCUGAGCAAAGGUUGUCCCCAUCUAUAUUUGUGCACGUGUUCCCUGAGCUUCACAUGAAGAAUGAACUUAAAGGAACGGCACAACUGGACUACACAUCUCUGGCAUUAAGUGAUGGUGGCCCUUAUUUGGGCUGUUGUUCCUCUCUUCCAGACCACACCAUUACAGUGUGGAACUGGGAAACUGCAGAGCCAAUCUGCACACAACCACAAGCCGGGAAAGAUGUAAUUUCUCUGGUGUUCAACCCAAUGAAUUGGCUUCAGCUUUGUGCUUUGGGCACUGCAUCCAUCACCGUGUGGAAUAUUGAGAAGAGUGCCAGCCUCCAUGUACUAAAACCAUGUGUGGUACAGCUUCCUGCAACUGAUGGAUCCUUGGCUGAGAGAUCAAACUGUCAAACUUAUACUGUCAAACCUCCCCACUUUGGCCAAAAGAUUCCUCCAUCAACCAUCUCAAGGCUCGAGGGCAACAAGGCAGAAAACAUUGUGACAAAACUCACCUCUGGAGCCAGACUGACUCCUACUGCCAUCUGCUGGACAGCCACAUCAGAUCUCUUUGUGGGCUGUGCUGAGGGAUAUCUGUUCCUUGUUAACCCAGAGAACCUCUCUGUCUCUGUUCUCUUCAACCCCACAACUCCGGAUGUUGCCCCGGAACUCGCUGAUCUCAGACAGAGCAGCUUUCAAGAUUUAACCCUUAACAAGAAUGGGGUGGUCGCUGUAGGGAAGGACGGUGUGGUGCAAUGUAUGCAAAUCAAAGGGACUCAGAUUGACAUCACACAAACAUGGCAGAUAGAAGAAACUGCCACAGCCGCAAUCUACUCCCCUAACUAUGAAACAUUACUUCUAUCUUCUAAUACAGGGCAGAUCUACGUGUUGAAUUCGAUCCGGUCAGACAAGUUUGUGAAGGUCCUGGACGUCCUCAGCGGAAACUUUGUGGCAGCAGCUUGGUCGCACGCCAAGAACCUUUGUGUGUCAGUGAGGGAUUCUGGAGAGCUGCAGCUGUGGACCGUAGAUGGCGUGUGCCUCGGUUCCCUUACUCUUCAAGCUGAGGUGACAAGUGUGGCCUGCUGUCCUAUUGCACAAUACGCAGCUGUAGGAACAACGUCAGGAAACAUCCUCUUUGUUGACCUGAACAGGGAGCAGGAGCCUCGCCUGGUGCACCAGGUUCAGCUCUACCACUCUCCCGUGGAUCACCUAGUUUUCGAUCAGGAGGGGCACUACCUUCUAACUGGAGCUUCAGAUUCACAUAUCUAUGUAAUAGAUGCAAAGCCAUCAAAGAAGUUUUCAAUCAUAGGAUACACAGUUGUUCCUGGUCCCAUUUUGUCACUUUCCACUCAGUGCGUCAGGGAUGGUGAACAGGUGAAAGUUCUUGCACUGUGCACUCGACAGGAAGGAAACAAUCAUGACAGUAGUCUGCUCACACUUCUCUCCCUGCCUGCAAAAGACCUUACAGGCCCUGACUGUGUAGACCGACAUGGUUGUCUGUCUCCUCACGUCCUCAAAGUGUCCACUUAUGAAGUGACUCAUCCACUUGAGUCCUGUGUCCUGGGAGUCAGCGAGAUCUUUGCUUACUGCCACAGGAAGAAAACUCUUCAGCGGUUUCAGUUCCCCCAGGACACACAUGGUCCCUCCAGUCCACAGGUGCUACAACCAGAGCUGGAGGUGAAGGGUCAUCCGCUGGGCCCCGCCUCUCUCGCUCUGUCUCCUCAUCAGUUAUGGCUGGCGUCUGUAGGUCAAGACGGCCUUCUGUGUAUUAGAGAAACUGCUUCCAUGGAUCGAUACAUGGAGCUCCAGUGUCAUCCAUGUCGUCUCGCUGGAGUCCGGAGUGUGACCUUCUCUGCAGACGGCCUGACACUCCUCACCGCUGGCUGCAAAGACGGCUCUCUCGUGUGCACCAAUGUCAGGAUUAAAGCUGGGGAAGCUGGGGUGAAGAAAUCUGCUCAGUAUAGCCAGGCCACGGCUCGUUUCUUAAAGAAUAUAUUCAACACAGAGAACCCUGUCCUUGUUGACUUGCCUGCAUGGAGACAGGAAUCCUGUCUGGGCUCUGAAAAACCAAAGGAGAGUGAGGUCAGCAGUGGAGCAGAGACCGUGGAUGUGUCGGAGCAGGAUGAGAGUUCUAACGUCCUCCUGUCUGCUCCACCUUCACACCCCACCUGGCUGGAAGGCAGACGACAGGCGGUGAUGGAAGAAGAAAAUGAGAAAUAUUCUGAGAAAAAAGAAAACCUGAGGAAAACCAUGAGGGAGUUACGCGGCGCUAUCCAGGAGAUGCUGUGUGAAAAUGAGACCCUCCCAGCUAACGAGCGUCUGGCACAAAAAGAGUUUAACCUGGAUCUUGAGGAUCAGAGACAUCAAGCGGCCGUGGUGGAGCAGGAGGUUACGAGGGUGAGAAAAGAAAUAGAGUGGGAGAUUUUGGAGAAAUGCUACCUCCGUGAUGUCCUGAAGAAAGAGUGUUGGGAUUCAGUGAAGGUCAAGGGACGGGCCAUUAAGGCGUUUCACUCUGAACGUGAGGUGAAGAAUUAUCCUCUGAAGGAGCGAACUGAGAAAGAGGUGAAGGAACUUCGCAAGGUUGAGAACAUCAGGAAGAUUGAAAUGGCUGCCUGCACUAAAAGUUCCAAUACAUCCAUCUUGAAGGAGGAAGAGCAGGGAGAGGAAGACAACACAGCUGAGAAAGCUGCUGUUUCAGGAAGUUUCUCCACUCAGUUUGGAUAUUCAAACCCUCACAUCUACGAUCAGUUCAGCCUGAAUACCACAGAACAGAGGAUCAACCAGAUUGUUCUGCUACAGGAUGUGAUUUAUGGCAUCAAGAUGGCUUUCAACACUGAGUUUGAGGGCUUGCACAGGCAGAAGGUGCAGGAGCUGAACCGUGUGAGGGAAAGGAACAAACUCAUCAGUGCGAUCCUGCUGGAGCUGGACAUCCAGCAGCAGCUGUGGGAGCCCAGCCUGACUGUCAGCGAGUGGCCAGAGAGGCUGCUCACUGUGGACGACACUGAGAUAAAAUCAGAAAAGUGCCUCACCCCAGAGCAGAGGAAGGAGGAGGAAAGGAAGAAGCUGGAAGAGCAAAGACGUUUAGCUUCCAAGGAGGAUGAUUGCAGAGAUCGGGCUCUUGAUAACAUGAUGGAUGGAGCACUUGAAGUGAAGAAAGAGGACAUCUUGAGAAUGGAAGUACCUCCGCCUGAGCUUGUUUUGACCAAACCUGAAAUUCAGUGGACUGAGGAGGAGAAAAAAGUCUACAAACAGUAUGAAAAGAAAACCAAAGAUCUGAGUGAGAGGAAAGAGAAAUACAGAAAGUUAAUGGAAACUGAAAUGAAAAGACUUCAGGCAGCCACCAGGGACGCAACCAAGAAGUUUGAUGAAACUUUGACAAAGCAGUUUGAGAAGAAAAUAAAAUUCGAAAUGGCUGUUUAUCAGGGAAAGCUUCAGAUCGCCCAGCUUGUCUGUGCAGUACUCCUAGAAGAGGAGAUGAGAAAUCGAGAGCUGGAGCUCAUGCUCAAACUUGAAAAACUGCUGGCGCACAAGGAAGAGCUUGAGGAGGAGGUGAAGUUACGUGAAGAAGAUGUAGAAUUGUUUCACGAGACCUAUGACACCGUCGUAGCUGAGGACAAAAUUCUCGAUAAAGAAUUCAGGAAGGAGUUCUGUGAUGUACCUGCACAAAUUGUUGAUCAUUUGUAUAAGCUCUUCAAACGCAGACCCAGGGUUCAAAAGUUGAGGACUCAGACCGACAACAACCCCAACCCGUUCAGAGAUCAGCGUCUGUGCGGCUCUCAGGCUCCCGAUGCGCUUGGCAAAAUGCUGAAGGCCAUGGAAGAGCUGGAUGCUCCGGAAAAUAAACCUGAGGGCUUGAACCCAUCAAUCUGGGAGAGAUUCUGUCUUGUCCGCAGAACAAAAACAGAGAGCGAGCAAAAGGUAAAAGUAAAAGCUUUGGCUCUUGCUGAGAUGCAGGCGUUCUUACAGAAGAGGAGAGAUGAGAAUGAGGCUGCUGAACAGGAAAUUAAAAAUCUCUCAGACGAACGUGAAAGUCUUUAUAAGGAGAAGAACCAUGCCCAGAUCAACAUCAUGGUCCAGGUCGUCCUCAAACAGGGUCACGUGUCCACUGCAGAUGUGACAGCUGAGGACUCUGACUUCAUACUCCUCCACAGGAGUGUGGUGGAGGAGCUCAACAAAACCAUCAGGAUGCUUGGAGAGCAGAAGAUUGCCUCCAUGGUUGAGUGUAAAGACUUCCGUAAAGGCACCAUGCAGCUGGAGUGGGAGCACAAGAUGAUAAGGGCGCAGAUAGAGGACCUCAACACCAAGGCGAGGGACAUUCAGACGCUGCGUCUCUCUGAGGAGCAACGGGAUUAUCUCAACGAGACAGAUCGAGAAGGUCUCGUGUCCAAGCAAGUUUCCACCCUGGCGAAAACAAUCGAUUUCCAGGAAAUGACUCAUCAACACAAUGUGCAGAAACGCAUGAAAGAGAUUGAGCAUCUCAACAAGCAGGCAGCGAAGAAAGCACAGAGGAACAAAAUCUUAGAGCAGCAGCACCCUGGAAUGCGGGUGAUUGUGGCGGAGAGGAGACACAUCCAUGAUUCAGCAGAUUCUGAGGAGAAUCUGGCAGCCACAACAGAGGACAGCUUCCGGGUGAUCGCUCAGCAGAAGAAAUUGAAGGAUUUCACCAGAGCCCAGAUGGAAGAUCUGGUUUUUCUUGAGUCAGAACUUGAGCGUCUGAGGAUGAGGAGCUUUCCUUCACUGGAUCAACUGAAACACAACUGAGCAAAACCUUCUCUUUCACACAUAACUGAGGGUUUUAUUCACACUUCUCUUCACAAGUAAACUGAAAACAUGAAAAUCUACAACUCAACUUGUGAAUACAAUUGUAGCAGCAACGAACAAAGCAAUAAAUUAACA